UGGUCCUGCUUGUGAGUAAACGAAUAAAACACAACUGCCUCUCUCGCUCUCAGUCUCCCUCUCUACUGUGGUCGCUCUCAGAAUUCGCGACCCAAGCUCGAAGAAGCAGGAGAGAAGGCGAUCGAAUCCACUAGUCGAAGAUGGACGAUUUCCAGAAACUGAUGGCCUUGAAGAAGGCGUACGCGGAGAUUAUCUUAGGCAUGGCCAAGGAGGAGGCGGCGCGAGUGAUGGCAGCUGAAAGAAGAGCUACUCAGUUUAAGGAGGAGCUCCUUGGUUCGAAGGAAGAGGCGUUGCGUUUGCUUUUGAGGUUGAAGCAAAUGUAUGAUGCCAAGUUGAGUGAAGCAGAAACAACAUCAGCAUGGCGGCAAGAGAGAAUUGUAGAGCUUGAGGCACAACUUCAGGAAUCUAAGAAUACUGUCAAAGAGCUUAGAGAAGAGUUGAAGGAAGCUCGAGAUCAGUUGGAAAAUGAAACAACUCAUAAAUCACAUCAUGUUAGUAAGACUCGUACAACUGGUGAUACUGUGAAACCUGAAGAAGUAGUAGGGGGGAAAAGACAUACUACUUCUGGUUCUGUAGGACAGUCUCAGUCAGAUUCACAGACUGCUUAUGAAGUUUCUGGCAUGAAUAUCAGUUCCAAUAAAGGAUCGGUGGGGAGUAAUUGCUCCUGUAAAGGUCAAGCUCUCAAUGACUACUGCUGUGUUCAUAACCGCAAUUUUUCUGUCACAGUAAUGAGAGGCAAAGAGCCUAAGCUUAGGAGAAACAAGGACACUCAGAGAGUGUGGGCAUUUGAAAAGAAUUCAUCUCCACAGCUGUCUUUCUCUGGACAAAAGGAGAAUGUUAGACAUGGGACACACAGUGGGGGAAGAGAAGGUAAAGUGUCAGAUGCGAUAUCCAACCUCUCUGCAGAUAAGAAGUAUGGGAGGAAGAGAGAACCCUCUCCAUUGAAAGUGAUAAAAGCGGACUGCAAUGCGGUCGUUGAAACUUAUGUGAAAAAAAGAAAAAGGACUCCAGGAUGCAGAAGCAAAAAUACCUCAUGGGGGAAGCUGCAUGACCAGACUUUGACAAAGCAGAGAGCAACUGAUGUUUUUUCCUUCGGGAUUUCUAAGGAAUCUCAUCCACCAUGCAGACUACAUUCACCUUCAGAGGCAACCAAAGUAACGGAGAAAUUGGAUACUCUGGUUACUCGUAAAGAUGUUGAGCUUGUUAAAUCAGGUAUUAUGGUGGAUGCAGAUAAUGGAAGUAAGGCGCCGAAGGAAUCAAAAAUUAUAGGACAGGGUAAUGGUGGAGUCCAGAAUUUAAAUGUUUUAGUCACCACAUCAGAUCAAGAUAAAAUCAACGACUUAUCAAACUCAGAUCUGAAAGCUUCUGGUGUAAGUGACGGGAUUUCAGGCAGACCUCUGGAGAAGAAGAUUAUCAAGUUCACAUUUGCUAGGCGUAAGAAGGAAACUUUGUGCAGCCCUGAUGGCACUUUCUGUGGUGCUGAUAUUACUUCGAAGAAAAAGAGACGAAAACAUGACCGUUCUUUGAAGCAGGAGAACUCUGCCCUUUCAUGUGAAACAUCUCAAGACAGUCAACAGCUAGCGCAAAUUGCAGAACAGCUUAUGUCUCUGGCGAAGAACAAAUGGUAGUAAAGGCCAUGUCACUGUUACAUGAAGAGAGACCAGGAGAGUCCCUCAAUAUCCAUACAAAUAGCAGCGAGGCGGUUUGCAUAGACAUAAAGGAAGCGAUCGGAUCAUUUAUGAAGUAUUUAUGCUCAUUAAUUUAUCAAUAUCCUCAUAUUUAUCUAGUUGUACAUAAAUAAUGACCGUGGAACCUGCAUGAUAUAGUUAUUCUUGACUUAUCAUUCAUAGCAGUAUCAUAGAGAGACAGAUGAUAUGAAACUUUUCGUUAUCUAUUUAAUGACGACAUUCAUUGC